GUGGAAAAUUGAAUUCCCCAGGUCUGCUGUCACGAUACAGUGGUAUUUACUGCCCUCUUGUGGCGAGGUUUUUGAACAGUUUCCAUCUGUACAUUUUCUUGGCACCCGAGAAGUAGUUUACUCGCCUUCUUAAAAAAUAAAUCUAUAACCACAUUGAAGGCAAACUGCACAUCACCCGUGCAACCACGACAGUUAUAUUAGUUAUUGUAUUUUGUUGUGUUUUCCAUGUUGUAUAGAAAAACAAAUAAAUGAGUAUUGAAUAGCAUUAACUUUUUGAGGUUGAUUGGCGAUAUUGACAAACGAUAUAGUACGAUGCGAUAUAGUUUUUUUAGAAUGUCUACACAAUGUUAAUUUUCCCAUUCACUGCUCUCUUCCGAUAUCAGUCUGAAACACUACACUUUUUCCACUGCUGUGAAGGACGGAUGUUACAAGCAAGUGGUUUUAAUCACUGCGGCAAUCUGUCUAAAGCAGGUUUCCAUAGCCACCGCGUCUCUGUUGUCGUGGGAACGGAGAGGAGCGAGUCCGUGGGGGGGAUGACAGUCCAGAACAGAAGAAUUCCCGUGUCACGUGCGAAACAAUUGCCAGUCUCACGUUGUUCCGAAUGACCGCAGCGACGUCGCAAAGUAUAGCGUCUUAACUUCCUACCGCCUCCUAGGACACAGCCAUCGACACAGUGGUAGUGAUUAAACGGGAAGCGGGGUCGUGACUAUCACAAUCCGCAAAAGCUGAAGAAGCAGGUAAAAAAUAGUGCCUCAAGCUUCCCACUGAUCUUGGACGAUGGCUCAGGUUUUGCCACGGGACGGCAGCGGCACUAUUCCUCGGCUCGCUCCAGGUCAUCCGCUGCAGAACACCUUCGUGCCCAACCCACCCCCGACACACAUGACGCCAGCAGCUGCCUGCAUCAUAUCUCUGCUGCAAGCUCCUUAUAAAGCGCUAGAGGACAAACCCUCCGAAGAGGUCAGGGUGCCCUCCUCUCCGCGCGGCCGCCUGAGGAAGCAGGCCGGCAACACCAACCGCUGGCAGCUGCCCUUCCCGCUGGGCAGCGACCUGCUCGGGCAGGCGCAGGCCGCGCGGGCCGUGCGGGCCACCAUCAACGCCACUCUGCGCGGCAUCAGGACAGCUGACUCUCCGUUCUGUGAGUGUGAGGAGCCCACCGGCCCUGAGCCCACUCUGCCCCGCCUAGUCCUCUCGCGUGGCACCGCGACACCCACACACCAGACAUGCUGUGUGAGGCUCACAGGGUCACCUGGGCCAGCCACCCCUGAAGACCUCUUCUACCUUUACUCCCGCAGAGUCGCUCACAAUACGAGCCCAGAUGUGAUAUUGGAGUGUCUGGGGAGCUACUGGGAGUUGCAUUGCCCCUAUCUCACCAAGUCAGUCACGCUCACUGAGCUGUACACCACAGCCAAGGAACAAAGAGUGAAGACAUCGUCCAACGGCACAGACUGCCCGGGCAGCAGGGGAGACAGGAAGAGUGACCGAAUGGGCAGUGAACCCAGCAGGAGAUUCACACUCGGCACCAGCAAGCCGGCUUCCUCAAAUCCCCUCUUACUGAGGCUACCAGUCAACGAUCCCACCAUCUCUAAAGAGGCUCUGUCUGUGGCCCUCCGGAGCCUGUACAGCUCCGAGCCCAGGGUGCAGCUCCAGGGGGUGGAGGGAGUGCUGUCUGCUGCUGCACUGCUGGGAAUGCCCCUGCUCUUCCGCAGUACAGAGAGGCAGAGCUUCAGAGAGCCUGUGAGCGCUGGCUGGAGCUCAGUCUGGUCACUCAGCUUCAAUUUCACAUCAGCCUGCGAGACCUUUCCCUGGAGCUGCUGCAGAAGACCCUACACUCCCCGAGUUUACCCAAGACAGGUGUGUUCCUGGAACAGGAUGUGGGUCAGACGUUCACGGCUCUCUUCCAGUCAGUGCGCUUGCAUGGGAUCACUGAGCGUGAGAGCUCAUCUGGAAGAGAUUCAGCAGAUCAAUGUGCUCCCCCAGUCCUGGCUGUUGCUGCUAUUCUCCAGGCAUUAUUAUGCACUGCACAGUGGAGGGGAUAUGCCUGUAACAGAUUUCUCCAGUCAGUCUGUGCGUUUUGGGUUGAUCAUAGAGAGGGAACCCCAGUACUGCACUCUUACUGCUGCUCUGUAUGGUUUCUACUUCCUUCUGAAAGCAACUCGACUCCAGGAUUGCGACAGUCACGGUUUCUCCAUACAGCGGCUGAAACACUGGGACCCGGCCCUCUCGCUGCGGGCCUGUGAGCGACGCCCAUUCAGCCUGCUGUCAGAGCGCGGUGUGCAGUACCAGAUUACUGUCCAGGGGCUCGUUGGCAGUGGCAGGCAGUGGCAGGAGUUCUGCACUGGGCCAAUCUGUCAGGACUUCGGCAUCACCAAGAGGUCCUCCAAGAGCCAGGUGUUCAAAGUGAAGGGCCUCAGCCCUCCUAUUUACGUGACCUUUGCACUUGUCUUCCCUGCUUUCUGAAGCCCAUUCUAGCAGGCGGGAGCAGACAGCCGCAGCUCUCCUGAGCCUCUACAUCAUUAAAUCCUGGUAUCAGAAAUCACAGACAGCAUGACUCUUGAUACUCUGCACUACAUAGACUAAGUAGGGGGGCAACUAGAGGGCACAUGCUUGCUACUUUAUGCAAAGAUAAGGACUAAUCCUUAUUUGGAUAAUUUCUUUAAAAGCAGAAGAAACAAAACAUCACUUUUUAAGGAGGGGCAUGUUAAUUAAUAUCAACUCCUGACAGAGUUUCACACUCUCCUUUGUAUAGUGGUGCUGCAAAUAACUCUGUAUGGAGUUGCCUGUUAAAUAAGACCCCUUCAUAACAUUAGAUAAUAUGAGGCGCUGUCUCUCUGCACAUGUCUGUGAGAGGAGAUGGGUGAUAUUUCCAUUGAGUUGACUUCUUUGUUUAGCUUAUGACUUUCACAUGUUAAAUCUAACCUGUAAGGAUAUUUUGCUCUUGUAAGCAUCUUGAAUUCUGCACCACAGCUUGGUGUAUAAUAUCGCUACUCUGAUAGUAUAUCAGAUGUAUACCUGGAAUUCUGGAUAUUCCUUCACAAGCCCCUUGUGCUAUUUGUUUCUCAGCAUUGUUUGAAGGCGCAGUAUACUGGCACUGUUCAAUGACAGAGCUAGUUUCCAUCUUCCAGUACAAACAGCAGAGCUCUCUACUCUUCAACACAGCAGUUCACACACAGUGUACUACAGUGCCUGCUGCCUCUCCCUUCCUCCCUUCUCCUGCCUCACUUCCGUCUCAUCUCCCAUCUCCUGCAUUGAAUCAUGGCUGUGGAUACGCAGUGCUGCUCUCUAUAGCACUGUAACAGGAGGCACAACAAACCAAGAGAACCGAUAUGCUUACCUUUUCUCAUUUGUAGCAGAGAUGCAGCGUUGUUCUGAACACAAAGAAUGAAUAAACUGUCAGGUGUUAGUUUCAGUGCA